AUGACCAUCAUCAUCGACGACGAUGACGGCUGUGUUGAGAUCGUGGAAGAGGUCCAGCCCAGGUCGGAGGUCAAAGAGAUCAUCAUCCGUGACCAAUUUGGCAAUACCGAGAUAAUUGAAGAGGAAGUUGUCGCCGAGCCGUCACCAGUGUUCGGUCGGGAGGAAGUUUACCUGGAGGAAGAACCAACAGUGGUGAUUGAGGAAGAGAUCAUCGAAGAGGAGUUCAUAAUUUGA